AUGGCGAAUCCAGAGACCCCCAUUGUUGCUAAUCCAGCGCAGGCAAUUGAGCAAGUGAAAGUGAAAAUGUUGGGGCCCAGUGACUCAGAAAUAAUAGUGCCCGCAUCUCAGAUACUUGAUGGAAUCGCACGGAUUAUUGCGUACUAUAAGACGAUAAGUCUGAACGCGUUAGUGUCAGCACAACAUCGUACAAAUGGUGGAACAAGUCAUUUGGGUCAGGCUCGCAACCUUUUUCGGGGGGAAAUAUACUCAACAUUUUCUAAAACUCAUAACUCACCUGAACCAAAACCGGAGCGUGCGUCCAUGUCUUGCACGUUGAAUGUACGUCAAUAA